CCACGUAGAGAGGGUUGUGAUCCAUGUCAAUAUUGGGCCUAGAGGAGACCCCAGCUAUUUCUCCAUCCGGCCCUUUCUUCGACUGUUCUGUCCAGUCCCAUCAAGAAACACAGAAACGAAAACCAUCCCUUCAAUUAGCUCCACCCUCCACCCUCCACCCUUGUGUAUUGCGUUUCUCUCUUUGUCUCUCACUCUUUUCCUGAACAGCAAAAUGGGCAAAGAUCGAAAUGGCAGCGUUCAAGAGAGAAGAAGCAAAAGCUCAGAGAAAGAGGAUGAAAACGAAAGAAAAUCCGAGAAAGCGAUAGAAAAUUCCGAUUCCCAUUCCGAAGAAGAUAGAAAACGCAGAAAAUCCAGAAGGAAUUUGCGGGAAAGCUCCGAGUCAAGUGAUGAAAAACUUGUGAGGAGCGAUAGAAGAAAGAGGAGAUCUCGGAGGCGGUACAGUAGCGAGUCGGAUUCGGAUUCGGACUCCAAGUCGGAGUCGGAGGAGAGCGGGUCGGAUGACAGAGAAAGGAAGAGGAGAAGAAGAGAGAAGGAGAAGAAAAGGAGAAGAGAGGAAGAGAGGAAGAAGAAGAAGGAGAAGAGAAAGAAGAAGAGGAAGGAAAAGAAGGAGAAAGGAAAGAAAGGAGCUGUCACUAAUUCAUGGGGGAAGUAUGGGAUCAUCAGAGAAACUGAUAUGUGGAACAAACGACCAGAGUUCACUGCAUGGUUGGCAGAAGUAAAACAGGUGAACCUGGAACAUCUGCCAAAUUGGGAAGAGAAGCAGAUGUUCAAACAGUUCAUGGAAGAUCACAACACAGCUACCUUCCCUUCCAAAAAGUAUUAUAGCCUUGAUGCUUAUUUCAGGCAUAAAUUGGAAAAGGAAAUAAAAAAAGGUUAUAAAAAGGUUGGGCAAACAGAACGUACUGUAUUCAAUGAUGAAGAACAGCGACGGCAAGAAAUGAUGCGAGUGCGUGAAAAGCAAAAGGAAGAAGAAGUAGAAGCUCUGAAGCGCUCUAUGCAGAGUGGACUGGCACAAGCAAUGAAAGAGCAAGCUCAACUCAGGGAAGAGAUGGCUUACCAGUAUAAGAUUGGAAACUUUGAGGCUGCUGCUGCCAUUCAGAGAAGGUUAGACCCUGAUGCUGCUGUGUGAAAAUGGGUCGCUAUAAUUCAGGAAUUUAAUCCUGUCAUGUUUCUACUAUCAGCAGAAAAUUGCUUUUCAUUCCCCUAGUUUAAGUGCAUACGAAUCUAGCUAGACUGAGCUACUAAAUGUACCCUCUGUAGCAGUUGUCCACUGCAGCCGGAAAGUCAUACUUUCUAGGUGGUUAUAUUUUCUGACCAAUUUCUCCUUAGCGGCUCGGUAAGUUUUGCAGAUACAUAGGAAAUGAUGUAUUUUAUUUACUGAUUUCUUAGCAUAUUGAUCAUGAAAGUCACCAACUCCUUUAUGCUUAUGAGAAACGCCAA